CAGACACCUGUCGGCAAGUUGCCGACGGCAACCAGGCAAACACGAACUAAAAUGGGCGAAUCUCGGCCAUUCGUGUCACCACAAUAGCAGUUUCAUACACUUUCACAGCCAACACAUUGUGAUGUAUUACGGGGUCAAUCAACACACCUGGAGGCGCUGACUGGUACUGUACCUAUGCUGGGUUCGUGUUGUAGCGAGAAGUCAAAUCAGAGCAGCAAAAAUCAACACUCGACAACACACAAUGAGCUAAAAAACAGCCAAGGCUCGCUUCCGACCGAACUACCUACUAUCGUUAGCAAGCGUAGGUACAGUACGGAUACCUUGCCGAGUUUACUACACUACUACUGCAGCAAUUCUCCCGGUUGCGAGCCGCUGCAUACUCACAUUUGUUGGGAGAAAUCGGUAGGUCAGCUGAGAGGGCGUGGGUUACGAGUUGCUUACCCUUCCCCCCCUGGGCCACUGAUGCAUCGCUGGCACUUUGACAGGCACCCCGUGUGUGCCCAUGACGUUGGCCAUUUCCCCUUUUCCGUCUUCCGCCGUGCUCCAGGCUAUCCAAAAUAACGGCUCAUCCCAGAACUAGUUCCCGAGCCUGUUGUCACCCCCAACUUGAGCUCCUUCCAUUCUGUCCUUCUAUAUUAUUGGGAGACUCAGAGGGAAAUAAAUGAAAAACUGAAACAAAGAGAGCA